AAGAAGAGCAGCAGCGUUUUUCAUGUCAAGAGGACGAGGCCUCAGAUGAUUUUCCAUCGUCUCUACUCAGCUACUUUGAAACCUCAAAAAGCAGAGUAGCAGCUUGUGAGAAACUCAUCCUUGAGGAACUUGAAGAUUUCAGUGUAUCGCAUCACACUGAGGGUGCAAUAAAUUUGCAUAAUGACCUCAGUAAGGAUAUGAAGAAACAAAAUGAGCAGCUUAUCUAUAAAACAGACAAUGUGGUGAACAAGUCUGAUGAUGACCAACUUCAUCAUGCGCUGACAGAGACCCAAGCAUUUUUCACUCACAGUCUACCCGUGCCUCCCAGUGAUGAAGAUGAAGCAGGAACAGAUGAAUAUAUGGACAAUGAGGAUGAUUUGGAAUUGAAAAUCAGUGAAUGUGAGGCAGAGCCAGAGACUGGCCACUGUGAGGAGAUGCAGGAAAAUGAGCAAAGGCGACAAAGAGAAAUGGACUUCCAGGAAGAACUGAGGAAGAUAAUGGAGGCAGAGAAGCUCCAUCAGAUGGAACUUGAGGUGAUGGAGAGAAGAGCUCAGGAAAAGCUUGACGAGGAGCUGCUACUUCAGCAGGAACUGCUAAAUAACUUACAAAAACAAGUGGACCAAGAGAGGAGGAAGAUUGAAGAGGAGCAGAAGAGAAAAAAAAGGGAGGAGGAAAAAAGGAAAAUGAAAGAGCAAGAAGAAAAGAGAAAGAUGGAAGAGGAGGACAUUAGAAAAAGGCUGGAAGAAAGGAAGAGAAUGGAGAAAGAGGAAAAGAGAAAAAACUUAGAGAGGAAAAAGGAGGAAGAAGAAGGCAUAGAAGAAGAGAUGAGGAAGAUGGAGGAAGAAAGAAAAAUAAAAGAAAUACGAUUAAAAGAAGAGGAGAAAAGAAGACUGGUAGAAGAAGAGGAAAGAAAAAGGGGGGAGGAGAAACUGAAAGAGAGGGAUAAAAAUAAGAAGCAAGAGGAGGAUAAAACAAUGAAAAGGGGAGAUACGAAGAAUAUGAUGAAGAUGACUGGAAGGACACUAACAGAAGAUGAAAAGGGAAAAAAAGAAAUACCGUGUAAGGAUGAUCAGAGAAAGAUGGAAGAUGAGGAGAGGAAAAAGAGGGAGGAUGAAGAGGAGAGAAGAAAGGAAGGACAGAGAGUAACUAAGGAGCUUGAGAUGAUGAUGAAGCAGGAGGAGAUGGAAAAAAAUGAGAUGGAAAGAGAAAGUGACGAGGAAAGACAAAAGUCAGAGGUCCCAAAGAAAGUUAUGGAUGGACAGAUAAGAAGAAGGGAAGGGGGAAGUAGAAAAAUAGAAAUUAAACUCAAGGGAAAUGAACAUAAGAGAAACAAGAAGGAUGAGAUGAGACAUAGUUUGGAAAAUAAAGAUAUGGCAAGAAGUGAAGAGGAGAAGAAAACUAAAGAGGAGGAGCUGACUGAAGGGCAUAAUGAAGAAAUGAGGAGACAGAAGGAAGAUGAAGAGUACAUAAACAUAAACAAAGAAAUAAGAUCAAAGCAAAAAAUGGAGGGAUAUAAAGGAUGUGAAGCAGACAACAGGAAAAGGGAGCACAAAACAGAAACAAAGAAUAAAGAGAGGAGGCAGGAAGAGGUGAAGAAAUACAAAGAGAAGGAUGAUAUGGGAACAAGAAAUACACAGACAGACAAGACAUAUAAUAGAAAAGAGGCGAGAGAAGGCAUAGAGGAAAACAUAAAGACAGAAGAAAGGAUACUGAAACAAGAGAGGGAAAGCACAAGAUCUCAAAAUGAGAAUACAGGUAGCACUGGGCACUCCCUGCCUUCACAGCUGGGAGUCAGCACUGCAUUGACCUUCUCAAGCUCAGCUCCUUUACCCAGGGAGUCCACAGCAGGGCCCAACAUCUCUGUAACGGCACAACAGCAAGACGCAGAGAAGAACAUCAGUCAGACCUCCAUAUGUAAAACUACAGAUCAACAAGAUCCAGCAGUGAGGUCUUGCGCUUCUUCCUGCUCAUUACCAGAGCACACAGAGCAGAAGAGGCUGUUGUGGAUGAAGGACUGUGUCUCGUGGUCCAAACUGUGCCUCCAGACCAGGAGGAAGCCGAAAGGAUCUGCCUGGAGUCACAGAGGGCUGAGGAGGGCACCUGAGGCCAGCAGUCUGCCUCCUCUCUGCCCACACACUCUGCUUCAGUCCACAGGCUGGAAAUCACUGCAGGAGGUAACCAUGGUGACCUUGGAGGACUUACCAGGAUGUAGCUUGUCCACUCUUGUCCAUUGCAAUCAGCUUCGAUCCCUCACUCUCCGACGCUGUGGCCUGAAAUCCUUGGAAGGCAUCAGCCAGUUACAAGAGCUCUGCUACAUUGAUCUAGAGGAAAAUGACAUCUCAUUUGUGGAUUGCAAAAAUAUGACCAGCUUAAGAGUUCUUCGACUUGCUCACAACAAGCUAACGUCCAUCCAUGGUUUAAGUGGUGCUGACAGUUUGGACUUUCUUGACCUUUCUCACAACUCCAUCACCCGCAUUGCUGGUCUGGAGUCUGUGAGGAGACUGCAAAGGUUGUCAUUGGACCAUAACCAGCUGAUCAGCACCAAAGGGCUGAAGGAUGUAUAUACACUCCUCCACCUGGACUGCUCACACAAUCAUCUGGCAAAUGUGGAAGGUCUGGAAAACAACGCUCUGCUCCACACGCUGGAUCUGAGAGGCAACAGUCUUACUGAGCCCCCCAGCCUGAACAACCAGGUCCUCCUCAGAGCGCUGCAUCUGGAUGACAACAGCAUAUCCUCCCUGCAAGAUCUCACUGCCUGCUGGCUUCCCCUCCUGCAACACCUCUCUGUGGCCCAAAACAGAAUUACGCAGCUGCCCUCCAUGUCUGAUUUUUUGUCCCUUGAAAAUCUUCGUCUAAGUUUCAACUGUCUAUCAGAGCUACGUAACAUAUGUGAGAAUCUGGAGAGAUGUCAGUUCCUGCAAGAAGUCCACCUCACAGGGAAUCCUCUUCAACAGGAGAGUGGCUGGAGAUCCACACUGCAGAGAGCAGUGCCUGGCCUGAGGGCCAUUGACAGUCAGCAGACAGACUCCUUUCUCCCGCCCCCUGCUGUUCAGCAGGUCAGCUUGGCCUCAGACUCCUUCCUGACUUUCUGUCAGGCUCAGCUUCAGCAGACACAUGAUUUACAGCAGUGUCACAGCAGGGAGCUCAGCAAUGCUUCAUCUUCUUUGGAAGCGGUGAAAAGUAUCUGCCGGCACUUCACUAUGACUUUGAAGCUGGCUGAGGACCAGAGAUUUGCCCAUGAAUGUGGUGACACCACUGUGCCUGAGGAACACUGGGUUGGAGACCAAACACUACCUGAGAAAAUCCUGCACAUGGAUGGUAUCAUUGCUGAAAAGCUUUCUGAAUGCCCCAAAAUGAAGUCCACUAGACCUCCAGCCAUUUCAAGAGCGGACAGCAUCAGAUGCGGCUACUGGAGUUUAGAAGACACUCCAGCUGCAGAGAGUCACCAUGAUACGUUUGACAGCGUCACAAUUAGCCCAAAGACAAUCCAGACAGUUACAAAAACAACCUCCGCCAGUCUUGAAAAAGCACCUGUGCCCAACUAUCAAGACUCAGACCUCAAAAACAGCACAGCAGCAGUCGUGAUUCAGCAGUGGUGGAGGAAAUACAAGGGGAACAUUAAUGCUCCCCCCUUCUCAGAAAAGGGAGGAGAUGGAGGAAUGCCAGCGUCAGGAUCUUCCAUCAUUAACAAGAGUGCUGUUGACAACUAUGCAGCGACUGUCAUCCAGGCAUUUUGGAGGGGUUUCAUUCUAAGGAGGAGGCUUGCAUCUGCUCUUGCUGCUGUCAAAUGCCCCGGCGAAGGAGUGGAUGACAACUUUGAGGAGGUGGACGUGGAUGAAUUUGUCUUUGAUGAGGAUGACCAUGAGGCCAGCGCGACGGUGGCGACAGAGGCAGUGUGUCGGGAACUGACUUGUAGUGCUGUGAUCCUGGGUCCCUGUAAACAGGCCAAGGCUAAACUCCCCUCUUGCUCCCCUGGUCCUGACCUGUGUAAGGCACCCCCUCCUCCGGAUCCAUCCCCAGUGCCCGGGGCCUAG